AUGGACAACUUGAACUCGGUAGCCGCUCCUCUGCUCUCGUCGGACUCGGAGACAAAUGUGCCUCCGCCGCGACACUCUCAGUAUGGGCUCACACGAAAUGAACUCACAAAAGCUGUCGCGAACCGAUUUGUGCACUCGCGGGUGUACGUAGCAAUCUAUCUGGGCAUGGCGUUAUUGAGUGCUACGACUGUUGCAUUGUCGCUCUCGGACGGAUGCCCUGGGACUGCCUUUUACGUGCUCGAAAUUAUUGUGAAUUCUGCGAUGAUUGCAGAAGUUUCGAUUCGGUUCUUGGCUUUUGGACGCCAAUUUUGGAAAUCACCGUUCAACAUAUUCGAUUUAAUCCUGACCACCCUCUGUGUGGUCACGCUGCUCGUUCUGUUCCUCGCCGGGUGCGGAAACACAUCCAAGGAAGAAGAACUGCUCGAUACUCUGUUGCUCGUCUUCCGUAAUGUUAUGCAAUUUGGGCGGCUAGCAGCGGUGAUGCGCCAGUCUGGCCAAUCGCUAUUCUCUCGACCACGGAAAAUCGAUUUAUCUCUCCCGACCCAUCACGACAGAAACCAUACUCGAUUGGACAUCGACCUCGACGACGAUGAAAUUCCGGAUUGGGGAAGGGGACCGAGAGGGGCGCUUAGCGGGGCCGAAGGGGACGUUGUGUUUGAUGCUGGCACAAACGGAUGGGCUGACGAGGCGAGUGUGCGGAAUGUUGUUGCCCCUGCCCGCAAACCCAACCCAAACAUCGGCAUCAACAGGGGAGAUCCAGGCGAGUCGGAGGAUUUGUGGGCAGGGCUCUAG